AUGGCCUCCUUCGUGCCGCGAAGUGUCUUCCCCACCCUCGACUCCCUCCCUCGCUCUUACUUUCUAGGCCAUCACCGCGCAGGUCUAAAUAAGAUGAAGACGAUGCUCACGUACAUAGACCUGGUCAUUGAAUGCCGAGACUAUCGAGUACCGCUCACAUCUCGCAACCCGCUCUUCGAGGAAAAUCUAGCUGGAAGGGAAAGAUUGAUUGUCUACACAAAGAAGGAUCUGGGCAGUGAAGGCAGGCAGCAGGACAAAAGUAGAGAACGGCUGAUUCAAGAAUGGCAACAGCCCAGCUCAGUACUUUUCUCUGACCACAAGGAUAAAAGCUCUAUCCGAAAAGUUCUCAACUUCGCUCGCGACCACGCUGCAGCCAAAGAUUCCCUGAUGGGCUCCAGGAUGAUGGUUGUCGGAAUGCCCAAUGUGGGCAAAUCAUCUCUUCUGAAUGCUCUACGGCAGGUCGGUGUCCACAAGGGGAAGGCGGCACACACUGGCGCUCAACCUGGAGUGACUCGAAAGAUUGGAACGACGGUAAAGAUUAUCGAGGGCGAUGAGAACAAUGAGGGCGUCUACUUGAUGGAUACGCCUGGUGUCUUUGUCCCGUACGUGCCGAAUGCAGAGUCCAUGCUCAAACUUGCCCUGUGUGGAAGCGUCAAGGACACCAUCAUUCCUCCGACGACUUUAGCAGACUACCUACUCUAUCAGAUGAACAUCUAUGAUCCACAGAUCUAUGCAGACUAUUCGUCGCCUACAAAUGAUAUCAUAGACUUUUUGAGCGCUGUGGCACAAAAGACUGGAAGGCUACAAAAAGGAGGCACGCCGGAUGUUGAUGCUUCAGCACUAUGGAUGAUUCAAAGAUGGAGAAAGGGCCUGCUUGGAAGGUUCAUGCUGGACUAUGUCACAGAAAGCAGUCUCGAAAAAGAACGUAGAGACUCUGAAGGUCUGGGCAACAGCUUGAACCAUGCUCGCAGAGCGGACAAAGACAUGAGAAGACAGAGGUCAAACCAAAAGUAUCUGAACGCUAGCUAA